AUGGCGAACGUCGUGCUGGAGUUCAAGACGUCCGCCGGUGACUCGGAGCCUCAGAGUCGCCCUGUCCUGAUUAUCGGCCAGCAGACCAACCUGCAGCAAGUCAGCUGGAGCCAGAUCAAAGGAAAACUUCAGCCAGUCGUCAGCAAAGAGAUCUGGCAGGCAGCUCUGAGUGCUUUGAACCCAAACCCCACAGACAGUUGCCCGCUGUACCUCAACCUCGCUGCAGUAGCUGCCCUUCCUUCACGCGUCAGCAGGCACAACAGCCCAUCUUCUGCUCACUUUGUGUCCCGUCUGGUUCGUUCCUGCCUUCCUGGAGGGAGCAACCGCUGCAUUGUGGUGGUGUGUGAGCGUCCAGAUGUGUUUGCCUCCGCCUGUGCCAUCUCCAGGGCCUUCCCCAUCUUCUCUCGCCGCUCCUCAUCCUCCCGCAGGACUGAGAAGAAGCAUGUGACGGUAGAGUUUGUGAUCGUUGGGCAUGACAGCAAUCCCCUGGAUGCCGCCGAACUUGAGUGUCUCUCCAACGCUGCCGACAGUGUGCGUCUGGCAGCUCGCAUUGUGGACACGCCAUGCAAUGAGAUGAACACAGACCACUUCCUUGGUGAAAUAAAGGCUGUUGGAGCUGAGCUUGGAAUCACUCCAGUCAUCAUUCGUGGGGAGGAGCUGAAACAGAAAGGCUUCGGAGGUAUUUAUGGAGUUGGGAAAGCAGCUGAACAUCCUCCUGCAUUGGCAGUGUUGAGCCACACUCCUGAUGGGGCAACCCAAACCAUUGCAUGGGUGGGCAAGGGCAUUGUGUAUGACACUGGUGGACUCAGCAUCAAAGGAAAGACCACCAUGCCUGGGAUGAAGAGAGACUGUGGUGGAGCUGCUGCCAUUCUGGGAGGUUUUAAGGCCACCAUUAAGCAGGGCUUUAAGGAUAACCUCCAUGCAGUGUUUUGCCUCGCUGAGAACUCAGUUGGACCCACAGCCACUCGGCCUGAUGACAUCCACACUCUCUACUCUGGAAAGACGGUGGAGAUCAACAACACCGAUGCAGAGGGCAGGCUGGUGCUCGCGGAUGGAGUGGUGUACGCCUGCAAAGACCUGUCCGCUGAUAUUAUCCUGGAUAUGGCCACACUGACAGGAGCGCAGGGAAUCUCCACAGGGAAGUACCACGCUGCUGUGAUGACCAAUAGUGAGCAGUGGGAGGCUGCGUGUGUGCGUGCCGGCCGCAGCAGUGGCGAUAUGGCCCACCCCCUGGUUUACUGCCCUGAGCUGCACUUCAGCGAGUUCAGCUCGGCCAUGGCAGACAUGAAGAACUCUGUGGCUGACCGAGAGAACGCCCAGAGUUCCUGUGCUGGCCUCUUCAUUGGUUCCCACUUGGGCUUUGAUUGGCCUGGUGUCUGGGUCCAUGUUGACAUUGCUUCUCCUGUUCAUGCAGGCGAGCGGGCCACAGGGUUUGGCGUCGCUCUGCUCAUGGCCCUGUUUGGUCAGGCAUCAGAUGACUCCAUGCUGAACCAGGUGUCUCCUCUGGGCGUGCCCGCCAACAAGUCUGAAGACCAGAUGGAGCGGGACUGCAAAAGGCGAAGACUGGUGUAG